AUGGCGGUAGAUUUUGUCACCGACCUCCCUGACUCGGGACGAUAUAAAACACCAUCCUUGUGGCAAUCGACUGGUUUUCAAAGGCGUUACCCACGGCCUUGGAGACUACUGGCCACUACUAAGACUCAGGAGUCACCUCCAGUAUCUGUGACAUCUUCAGAAAGGUCAACAAAGGCUACAGAGAUGUCCCAAACUAAACAGGAGUCCACAAAGAAGAAGCAGGGUGGAGCGAGGAAAAUCUCCAGACGGUGUUUCCAGAAGAAGAGCAAGAUGUCUGCUUCAGCAUCUGUGAAAACCUCAGAAAGGUCAACAAAGGCUACAAAGACGUCCCAAACUAAACAGGUGUCCACAAAGAAGAAGCAGGGUGGAGCGAGGAAAAUCUCCAGACGGUGUUUCCAGAAGAAGAGCAAGACGUCUGCUUCAGCAUCUGUGAAAACCUCAGAAAGCACCAACAGGUCAACAAAGGCUACAAAGAUGUCCCAAACUAAACAGGAGUCCACAAAGAAGAAGCAGGGUGGAGCGAGGAAAAUCUCCAGACGGUGUUUCCAGAAGAAGAGCAAGAUGUCUGCUUCAGCAUCUGUGAAAACCUCAGAAAGCACUAUCAGCUCAACAAAGGCUACAGAGAUGUCCCAAACUAAACAGGAGUCCACAAAGAAGAAGCAAGGUGGAGCGAGGAAAAUCUCCAGAUGGCAUUUCUGGAAGAAGAGCAAGACGUCUGCUUCAGUAUCUGUGAAGACCUCAGAAAGCACUAUCAGCUCAACAACGGCUACAGAGACGCCCAAAUCUAGUGAGGAGUCCACAAAGAAGAAGCAGGGUCGAGCAAGGAAAAUCUCCAGAUGGUGUUUCUGGAGGAAGAAGAAUAAGGUGCAUCCUAUGGCAUUUACAGAAAGCACCUCAGAAUCUUCAGAAGAGACCCCUCGAAUGGUCUUACUGAAACUGUUAGCAGGGUCCACCCCAGGGAAAAACCCGAAGGCAAACAUGAAGACCACAGCCAGCAGCACAAAGAAAAAUGCAGAAAGGAAGGAGGCCAGUGUGAAGCCAAAACCCUCAGGGAUGAAACCUAAAGAAGUGAAAAAGGCUGAGGUGCAGCCAAAUUUACAAAAUUUGGUGAUGAUCACUGCACUCACGACGGAUAAGAAGAACACAACACCUCGUGAGCAAGCAAAGAAGACUGCAGCAAAGACAGAGACAAAAAACAGGGUUAAUACACAAAAAGGUAAAACAGCGAAGAUCAGCAUGAAGCCAACCGAUAAACUCCCGACGGACAAAGAGCACCGUAUUCCGACAGAUUUAAAAAGGUCAUUUCAGACCAGUGUAAAGAGCAAGGUAAUGGAGGAUAAGAAGAAGGUGAUGCUUCAUGAGCAUGAAAGGCAGUUGGAAAGAAUGGCCCAGUACUACUGGCAGAGUGAAAUGGAAAAGUUCCUCCAGGAAAUGAAAGAGUUGGCUUUAGACGUGCAACAGGAGAAAAGGAUAACAGACCCAGAUGCAUUCAGGUGA